AUGUUGAAGCCAUUCAAGAUAAGAGAUCUUCAUGCAUCUCCAACACAAGAAGAUGGGAAGAACCCUCUCGACUGUUUCCCGCAAAGUGACCAUGGUCACAGUACCUGUAGGCGCUCGGGCGUUGUGCAGCUCUCAGCCUCUGACUACGAUGAGGUCGCAUUGUCUCAUCCCCGAGCCCGGUUGACAUACGUGGAUGAUGAUGACGGAGAUAUUAUCACUGUCGGAUCAUCUCUUGAGCUUUCUCAACGUCUUGACGAACCUAUAUAUAAUAUGCCAACCCAGUCGAACCCCACACAAGAUUCCACGAUUCCUGAGACAAUGCACAUCUUCGAUAUUCGCCGAUCCAACUCUGUCACUGAGCUAUGGAAGCGGUUUGAGUAUAAUCCGGCUGGCCGGGAAACAGAAGACGCAAAGAAGGCAGUCGAAUCGACAUCUGACAAUUCCACUCCUCCUUCACCAGACGGCAGGGUAUCGAAUGCUGGUCUGGCCUCAAAUGAGGGUUCCGAACCGCUUUUGGCAGCAUUUGAAACAGAGAUGGCCAAGAUCCUAAGCGCUUCAGAGCCUCGCAAUACAGACAAUGCUGAAGAGAUUCCUUCUUCUACGGAAGUGCCAAACGAGCCUCCAAGCUCCGGGAGACGCACAAAUCCCGCUCUGGCCCUGGCUCAGGCAAUGCACCACCUUAUCAACGGAGCUGAAAUGAUUGGCUCCGAAGUGAGGUCAAGAUUGCCAGAGUUGGAACAUCAGUUAGAGCAUCAUCUGCAGAACGCGCAAAGAGUCCUGCCAGAAAAUGUCGGGUUGACUGUCCAGGCAGCUCUUGCGAGUUUGGAUGCUCAGAUGAGGAAUCUGACCAACGCACUGAACAAUGCAAGCAGUGCAAGGGAUCGGAGAACCAGCAACAUGUUCCGGGGCGACGUUCGCACACCUGCAGACGCUGUAGACAGCCUAUAUAAUAUGGCUUCCGAGCUCGGCCAGAUGGGACACACACUAUACUCGGCCUUUGAGACUGAGUUUGGUUCCCGUAUUGGAGCGAGAGACGCAAGUCAGCCAUCGGAUGAAAGUCUCCAAAAGCCGACGCCGGGUGACGAAGCUGCAGUAAACGGAGAUCCUUCGGCUGCAGCUUCGGUUUUGAGCACUAAGACUGAAGAGACGGCGAAGAUCCCGCUAACCGCUGAAGAAUCUGAUACAACUUCAAGAGGGCAGGGAAGUAAAAAUCGGGAGGAGCCGCGACCAUCCAGCAACCGGACAGAGGAGCCUGGUCGUGCACAGCGCGUCCCAUCGCAACAGGACGAGCCAUCAGAGCUCCCCGAAUCAGUUCGUCAUAGCGCCCCUACGUUUGAUCUUCCUUAUAGACCUCAUCCGUGGCGCCGUUGUCAUUCCCACCACCAUCAUCCGCAUCCUCAUUCUCGUCCCCAUCCGCCGCCCCCUCCUCCGCACAGCCAUCACGAUAUUCCCCAUCCUCAUCCUCCUCACCUUCCCCACCACUAUCAUCAACAUCAGCCUCGUCCCUUUCCUCCGCCUUCCCCACCGCAUCCACAUCAUCAUAUGCCUCCCCCCCCUCCCCCCCCUCACCCGUUCCAUCCCUCGCAUACUCCGCGCCCAUCAUGGGGAGCCCACGGCCCCUUCCGUCCAUCAUUUCCGCCUCAUCCGCGUGCUCACGAUCAUGGAUCAUGGCGCUCCGCGUGGCCAUUUUUCUGGCCGCACCAGGAGUAUCAGUCUGAAGCGCCGACAGUUGCUAUGGACCAACUCCCCGACGCUACCGCCAGUGCACCCCGUCCUGCAGAUGCAGUGUUGUUCAUUGGCAAUGUAGGGUUCAAUGUCAGUGAGAAGACAAUCAGAGAUGUAUUCGCUGCGAAAGGGUUCCUUGUUGAUGUCCACUUGCCUUUGGACGCCGAAACCAGGAAACAUGCAGGCUUUGGUUACCUAUACUUCCCUUCAAUUCACGCGGCAAGGGCGGCAUUGGAUGCCUUGCAAGGUACACACAUUGAUGGUCACUCUAUCAAUCUGGAACUAAGUGACCAUUCGCCAAUUACGUCCCUCCAUCGUGACCACCCUUCAGAGUUGGACCACGCUCGUCGACCAUCGGAGCUGCACAGCUCGGCUAGUCCAUCUUCGGGAAUACAGCCUGAGCGGCUCGAGGUUGGACAAGAUCUCAAAGCGAGGGAGGCACGACCGAUUCCUCUGAGUGUGACGGAUCUAUGUUCGAGCAACGAAAGCACAGAUCAUGAACCAAAAGGAAACAAUAUCCUGAGCACUACACCUGACAAUUUCCCCCGUCUCACUCGAGACUUAGAGCAGAGCCGCUUUCCUCCCCUGUCUCAAAUAGAUGCUCGUGUUCUAACACAUCACCGUCGCGACCCAGACACAUCAAUGUUGGGUGCGUCGGCGCCCGCGUGUGAUGCGAGCCAUGGGAAUGACGCCUCUGGCAGAUCGUGUCAACUGCAAGGUACCUCAGGCUCGUUUCCUGACGAUGAUAGCGAUGGGACGCGGUCAGGUCCACUCCAAGAACUAGCUCAAACCUCAGGCGCAGGUCAUGAUGAUCACUGUAAGCCUCGUCGAUCGAAGAGUAUGAGAUACCUGAAUCGCAACGGAGAUAAAAGUCCCUCAAGAGCCUUGAGACGGCGGGCAACUGAGCGACAUUCCCUACGCCAUGGUACACGGAACAGUGCUGGUGGAUUUCACGACGAGGGAUGCGCAUACGACAACUACUCCAAUACUUUCGGGUACUCUCGCCCUCGGAGCCUGCCCGCAUCGCAGGAAGAAAUCUCCGUCCCGGAUGAGAACGAACAACAGCUUGAUCCAAGACAGAGUGCUAUUGACGACUGCGUGGUUAGUCUGAUCGGCCUAGGAUACGAGAAUACAUUGGAGGGUGGUAUUCAACGGAUUGCGGUAUAUGCAGCCGCUGCGGACGGCAAGAUAUCGGACGCCAUUGAGAUGAUUGAGGAAGAACGCAAGGCCAAACGAUGUGCGCGUCUGGCCGCUGUAAUGCCUUGUAGGCGCACUUUCCCCCAGUAA